AUGAACUGCAAAAGAAAGGAAAAAGGUUGCGUAAAGGGGUCUGAAACUUUGCAGAAGCAGGACAAAGGCGUUUUUAUUCCUACUGGUAGAAGGUUUGUUGCUCGAAAAUCAUCUAAAGCUAAUUCAGAGCCUAUACCAGUUGAAGAGGUUGGCACUGAAGGAGAUGGGCACACUCAAGCUAAUUUGGUGGAUACAACAAAGAAAAUACACAAGGUCAUUACUAAUGUGGUGAAUGAAAAUACAAUUCUUGUAACUAUUCUACAACCUUCUAAUUUGAAAUUGGAGAAUACCAACCUGGUCUUAAUCCCUCAACCUCAGCAUUCUGAUAAGGAAGUCGAGGUUUCCUCAGAGAGUGAGUUUGUAGAUGCCACACAAUUGGUAGAUUUUGUGCCUGAAACUCAACUUGAGGCAAGGCAUAAGAAACAAGUCACAGACUUUUGGAAGAAAGUUUGGGAUAACAUGGCUGAUCAUGAAGACACUGGAGUGGAUCUGCUCAGCAGAAGGAUUUCCAACUUGGGACUUGCCAAUAACUCUUCUAGACUGGCUCUAAGAAAACUGAUUCAAAAUAACUCUCCUAAUUUUGUUUUCAUUGUUGAACCAUGGAUGGGUUUUUCUAAAUUCCCUCAAACUUGGUGGCUCAGAAUAAACCUAUGGCAGAACCUCCACAACCUUAUAUCAAAUAACAAGAUUCCUUGGUCCUUUAUUGAUGAUUUUAAUGCUAUUAUCAGUGCUGAGGAAUAUAGAGAGGUUGAGAAUGUUCGGAAGGAUAUUCAACAUACCAUUAGUGUGUCUGGUUAUACUCAGUGCCUCCAGGUGAGGGAGGCCAAGGACCAACAUGAGCUUGAGAAAGCUCUUAUUCUUGAGGAGUUUGAUAAAGAGAAAGCUAAUAUGAAGUGGCACACUGAUGGAGACAGAAAUACUAGAUUUUUCCACACCUAUGCCAGGAUUAAAAGAAAGAAUAAUAUGAUUUCGUCUUUGAAUUUUAAUGAUGUGGUGACCACUGACCACAAUAUCAUUGAAAACCACCUGGUUAAACACUUCACCAAUUUGUUCAAUAAAUUAGUUAAAAAGGACACUAAUGCUUUGCUGACUUUAAUUCCUAGUGCUGAGGAAAUUCACAAUGUUGUUAGGAAUUUAAAAUCUGACUCUGCUCCUUGUAUGGAUGACUUUGGAUCUAUUUUCCUCCAUAAAUAUUGGAACAUCAUUAAGGAGGAUGUUACUAAGGUUGUCACUCAGUUCUUCCUGCAAGAUUGGCUGCUCCUUAAUUAUAACUCUAACACCAUCAUCCUUAUCCCUAAGAACCGAAAGCUGGUCAAGUCUAUCUCUUCGGCUUUCAUUGCCCUUAUUCCCAAAAAUCAAAAUCCCCAAGAUUUAUCCGAAUACAGGCCGAUUUGCUUGGUUGGGAGUCUUUACAAAAUCCUUUCGAAGAUGCUGGUAGCUAGGAUCAAAAAAGUGUUGGGAAGUCUUAUUUCGUGUAAUCAAUCAGCGUUUGUGCCCGGAAGGAAUAUGCUGGAUGGUGUCUUGAUGGUAAACGAAGUAAUUGACUGGGCAAAACGGAAUAAGUUAGGUUGUCUUCUUCUGAAAGUCGAUUUCGAGAAAGCCUAUCAUUCUUUAUCGUGGAAUUUUCUUAGAGAUUUGUUGGUGAGGAUGGGAUUUGGCAAGAGGUGGUUGAUGUGGAUGGAUGCGUGUAUUUUUUCAAGUCAUUUGUCUGUGCUUGUUAACGGGAGUGCCACUCAAGAUUUUAAGGUCCACAGAGGGUUGCGUCAAGGAGACCCGUUGUCCCCGUUCCUCUUUAUGAUAGCAAUGGAAGCCCUUACAGCAAUGGUUAGAAAUUCUGUUGAGGGAGGAAAUUUCAAACCGUUCCAGCUUGGGAAUGACGAGGGCGUGGACAUACUUCAGUUUGCUGACGACACCGUGAUUUUUGGGGAAGCGUCUACAGCAAAUUUGUGGAAUCUGAAAGUUAUUCUGCGAGGUUUUGAGUUAAUUUCAGGUCUGAAAAUUAACUUUUCUAAAAGCAGAAUUAUGGGAGUAAAUGUGGGAGAUUGGAUCCUGGAUGCGGCUACAAAGUUCCUAGCUUGCAAGAGAGGUAAUUUUCCUUUUUUGUUCCUUGGAAUAAUGGUGGGAGUUAAUCCUAGAAAUAAAAAGGUGUGGUCUAAAGUCCUUGAUAAUUUUAAGAAAAGGUUGGAUACUUGGAAGGGUCGGAAUAUAUCUAUCGGAGGUCAGGUGACGCUCAUUAACGCGGUGCUAAAUGCUAUUCCUUCUUUUACGUCAAAGGAUAAAGGGGGUUUGGGAGUUAGAGACGUCGGAGAAUUCAAUAGAGCGCUUCUUCUAAAGUGGAAAUGGAGGUUUUUGAAGGACGAUGGGGCUGUGUGGAAGAGUUUUGUGAAGUGGAGGUACAAUAAUUUUAGGCUAAAGGUGUUCCUGCCAGCGGGGGAAGGGUCUAAUGUGAAAGACUCGAUUUGGUGGCGUGAUGUUCUUUCCAUAGAUAUUUUCAGGGACAACGCGGAAGAAGGUUUCAGCUCCUGCGUUCAAUGCACGGCAAACAAUGGCGCAAGCAUUUCCUUUUGGUACAGUAUUUGGUUGGGAAAUCAAUCGCUCCGAACUUCUAUCUCGGAUUUGUUUGAUCUCUCAACCAAAAGAUAUGCAUCAGUUGGGGAUAUUGUGGAGUGGGAUAAUGGUACUCAAAGGUGGAAGUUUGAAUCUCUGUUCGAUUCUGUUUUUCUGUUUCAGGUUUUAAACUCAGAGGGAGGGCUGCAAUCGGCUAACUGGAAGAGGUUUUUGGAUAUGGUAAAAUCGUGUUUGCUGGUUCCUUCUGCUGAGGAUGGUUUCGAGUGGAUUCCCAUCCAUGAAGGUGUUUUUUCAGUAGCCAGCGUGGCUGUUUUACUUGAGGAGCAUAAGGAGCCAGCUUGGGGUACUGUCAUUAAUAGGAGACUGAGCACCAUGUGGAAAUCGUCUGUACCGCUAAAAAUUAAAAUUUUUGCUUGGAGGUUGUUGAUUUCUAGGCUGCCCUUGAAAGAUAUGUUGCUCCGUAGAGGUUUGGUAGCGAACACCAUAGAUCCUAAAUGCCCCUUUUGUGACAGCCUUGAGGAAUCCUUGGAACACUUGUUCUUCUUGUGCCAAAUUUCUAAGAAUAUAUGGGAAAAGGUUCUUCAGUGGAUUGGUUUUAGCUCAGGCUUUUUAAGGGAGGCGCUUUUGGGUCUAGAUGAUAUUCAAUUCAAGGUGUCAAAAUCAAGUAACUGGGAUAAAGUUAAUAUUAUUUGGUUGGCGACUACUUGGAGUUUAUGGCUUAUGAGGAAUGACAAUGUAUUCAACAACGAACCUUUUAGUUUUGAGACGGUGUUUAACAGAAUUGUGUUCCUGUCGUGGCGGUGGUCGGAGAGUAGUGUUUUGUUUCCUAGAACUAGUUUCUACGAUUGGUAUAAGUUACCAAUUUAG